UUCUUUCUUGCACAGACGGAGCACUUUGUGUAAAAUUGAACCAUCAUCAGGACACGACGGUUCGUUUCGUUCGCAGAUACUGAAGAAAGAAAAUUUGUGAUUAAAAAAAAGCGUUCGCAAGAACAUAUUUCAGGAACAAUUACGUACGAGUAACUGAACAGUUGUAAGUGGAAAAUUUCCGAGGGUAAAAAUUUCGAUGAGAACGCGAAAUUGAAGGCGAAGAUUGCACUUCUGUCAUCGCACAGUACAUACGCGCAGUCUGCUCUUUCUCCGUCACUUUGGUGUAUGCGGAAGAAAGUGUUUCAAUUCUUUUCGUAAACGCAAAUAGCAACCGAGAUGUCCGAGAAUCGGGAAGAAAUUCUAGCCAACUUUCAGAGCAUAACCGCAAUUGAAGAUGUUGCCGAGGCCAUCUAUCAUCUGGAUGAAAGUAAUUGGGAUCUUUUGGUUGCUAUCCAUCGAGUACUACCUCAAGACCCGCAGGAUCAACGGGCAGCCAGUGGAGGAGGUUCAUCUGUUAAUUUGAACAGUGGUAACAGUGGUACGACAUCUGCAUUUGCAAAUUACUCGAACAAUUUAAACAGUCUGGAAGCAAUUGCCAACGUAGAAGAGCUUAUGACGGCUCCAUCAUCUCCAAUCAAAAAUGCAUUCGGAGUAGGAAGUAGUGAUGCUUCCAGCAAUAAUCAAAGUCUGGAUGCUGACUUUUCAUUUGAUGACCCUUUCGGAAUAACUGAGCCAGGAGCAUCUACGUCUCGAUCCAACAGCAACAAUGACUUCCGCAGUGCACUUAACUAUUUGGACACGAAACCGCAUGAAGUAAUAUUUAAGAUUCAUUUCAACAAUGAGUUGCAUUCGAUCAGCAUAUCAAACCACGCAACGGUGGGGGACUUAAAAGCUAAAAUUUGCGAAAAAACUGCAGUUCCAGUGUGUCGACAGGCACUGAAAGGUUGGGAGCACGGAAAACAGAAGGGAGUACAAAAUUCUAACACGGUGCUCAAAUCGCUCAACAUAGGCAAGGAAGUUAAUCUCAUUAUGACAGACAUGACAGUAGAGGGAUUUGUAGGAGAUACUGAUCCACUAUCAUUACAAAAUAAGCAGACCUACACACUGCACAUCAAUGUCCAGCCGGAAGCGGAGAUGCUGGUGCUCAAGUUUCCCGGUCAUCAGAACAUUUUGUCGAUCAAAACGGACGUCUAUACCGUCACGAGCAUUCCGGUGCGGCACCAAGUGUGGUCAGGUUGGCCCAACAACGUCACUAACAAUACGACGCUAGCCGAGUCCGGUGUGGAGCGGGAACACAAUCUAGUACUGAAACGGGCCGAUCAGGACGGUGCGCCCAAAAUCACCAACAACAACAAUGCGACCAACACCGCCAGCACCAGUACUAGCAGUAGCAGUAGAAACGUGUACAACAGUGACAGCAUGCCCAUCGUCAUUGAUUCGGAGAGUAGCGGAGAGGAGUUCGAGGAUGCUUCGGAUUUUAACAACGAUGACGACAUUUUUACGGAGACGCCCAUCAACAGCCACUUGAAACAUUUGAUUCCCGAUAACGUCGAUGACGAGACGAUCGGCAGCAUACAGUUCGUGGAAAAUUUUGUUGAGCGAUAUGGACCGCAACAUCCCAUGUUCUUCCAGGGUAGUCUAGAGGAUGCACUAAAGGAAGCCUGCCGCCCGUCGGCCAGAGAUCGUAAACUUAUGGCGAUUUAUUUACACCAUGAUGGAAGUGUGUUGACGAAUGUUUUCUGUGGCCAAUUGCUUGCAUGUGAAAGCAUCAUCCAAAUGCUGCUAGAUCACUACGUCCUGUUCGGUUGGGAUUUGACUUUCGAGAGUAAUAAAAAUAUGUUUUUAUCGUCAAUAUCGGCUUGCGUGGGCAUGACCGCAUCGAUAACAGUUCGGAACAUUCCAACUGAUCGGUUGCCAGCCAUUCUUGUGAUAUCAAAGAAUCGCAGUCAGUGCGAAGUUUUCCAAGUGAUCUAUGGCAACGUCAGCGUGGAUGAUUUACUAUCGCAGCUCAUGGAAGCGGCCGAUAUGUACAGUGAGCAACUCAAGAUCGAACUGCGCGAGGAGAAUGAACGAUUAGCUCGGGAGCAGGUGAAACUGGAACAGGAUGCUGCAUAUCGUGAAAGUUUGGAGGCCGAUCGGGCCAAACAGGAAGCAAAACGCCAGAAGGAGUUGAUGAUGCAAACCGAGCGCCGCCGGCUGGAAUCCGAGCGGGCCGAUGCCGAAGCGAAACGAGAGCUAAUUCGAGCAAAUGCUCGAAUCACCGUCCCUCCGGAACCGGAGCAAAUAUCCGGGGAAAAUAUAACCAAAAUUAGAAUUAGGCCACCGAGCGGACCGAUGAUAGAGAGGCGUUUCACGCUUGACACUCCGUUGCGGAUCCUGUUGAAUUUCAUCACCGGCGAAGGGUUCCUGAUUGAUGAGUACAAGGUGAUCUCUAGCUGGCCUCGACGAGAUCUCACGGUUCUAAACUUAGACGAAACACUACGGCAACUGAAGCUAUAUCCCCAGGAGACGGUUAUACUGGAGGAGCGAUGAUUCCAUCCAUCCUAAGUAGACCGUUGUUCCCUGUAUCCACAAUUAAUUCUACCAUGUGGGAGGUACAGUGAUGCCUAACUUAUUUCAUUCAAGAUCACUCAAUCACACAGCAAGUACGGCGCGGUCUCCUUCAAGUAUAUUAAUCAAGUUUAAUUUCUUAUUUGAAUUGAAAAAGAGUGAGUGGCAAAGAUUAGUAAACCUAGGGGAGUUUUGAUGGUUUUCCAAAUUUUAUCACUACAAUCUCUAAUUUAUUUUGUGACGUUUGGCUCUAAAACUGUUUCGGAUUCACAUUUCGGCCUGUAGAUUUCUGGCAACUGUUCGUACUACAAAAAAAUAUGAUUUUUGUUAAACACCAGAAUACAAUCCAAGCCUAAAAUAUAUUCUUAUAUACCGAAGGAGUGCAGAUUCGAUAAAACAAUGAAUAAUUUGUAUAGCAGAGUAAAUAAUUACCAUGCCCAGCAGGCGGGAGAGAAAAAAUAAAAAAGUGAUCCUCAACAUAA